AUCUUUAAGUCCCUCGGUGAAUAUGUCGAGGCUAAAGAACAUUACGAAAAAGCACUUGCAAUCGCAGAGAAAAUUGGCGACAGGGAAACAGAAGCCAAAUGCAAUGGAAACCUAGGAAGUAUCUCUCAUUCUCUCGGUGAAUAUGUCAAUGCUCAAGAAUAUUACGAAAAAGCACUUGCAAUCGCAGGGAAAAUUGGCCACAGAGAAAGAGAGUCUUAUUUCUAUACAAUGCUAGGAUGUGUGUUUCUACACCUCGGUGAAUAUGUCAAGGCUAAAGAACAAAGUGAAAAAGCACUUGCAAUCGCAGGGUUAAUUGGCCCCAAGGAACAAGAAUCCAAGUGCUAUACAGACCUAGGAGAUAUCUUUGUGUUUCUCGAUGACUAUGUCAAGGCUAAAGAAUAUUACGAAAAAGCCCUUGCAAUCGCAGAGAAAGUCGGCGACAGGGAACAAGAAGCCAGGUGUUAUGAACAACUAGGAAUUGUAUUUCAUCGAUUAGGGGAUCACGUCAGGGCUUUAGACCUUUCCGAAAAAGCACUUGCAAUCGCACAGAAAACGAGGAAACGGGAAGAAAUAGAAGCCCAAUGCUAUGGAAACCUAGGGUGUAUCUUUCUUUGUCUCGGCGAAUAUGUAAAGGCUAAAGAAUGCUUCGAUAAAGUCCUUGAAUUGUCAAGAAAGCGUGGGAAAAUAGAGUCAUGUACUUACUUGGCUCUUUCACUUUGUAUGUUAAAACUUGGCAACAUACAUGAAGGUAACUCAAAUAUCUUUGCCAGUAUUAAUAAGAGUGAGGUUAUUCGCAGACUCCAAGUUCAAGAAAAAUACAAGAUAUCGCAUUUUGACCACGUAGUUAAGAGGGUCGUACAGGGGUAUUCCCGUGAUGCGUGAUUGGCUGAUUUUAUUUCCGUGAAACGUGAAUUUAAUAAAUUAUUCUUCGUGAUCCGUGAUCUGAAGGUUUUGCGUGACCCGUGAAGAACUGGAAUUAUUAACCAAUAUUCGUGAUUUCACCACUCUAUUUGGCGUGAUUUUGAGAUGCGAGUGCUCUGGAAGACUUAUUUUAAGACUGAAAACAUCAAAUGUGACAAGUAAGAGACUUCGCUUUAAUUAAAGUAAUCCAUUGUGCAAAUUCACGUGCUUUACAUGCCUAUCAUGGAUCAGAUGUCUAUUCCUAUGCCUAUGGUCUCCUAUGCCACUGGAGAUCAAAGGACAGUGAUCCAAAACAUCGAAACAUCCGAGACAUGGAGGGGACGAGUACGUAUAGUACGAUGAGGGUCGAAUGUAUUGAAUUUUACGUUGACCCAAAGUCUGUCGGCUCGCUUAAUUUUCUUGGAAAGGAACGAGUUCGCUUUCCAAUUACAGAUGAACAUUCAUCUUUGGCAGUGUUUACUAAAAAGUUCGCGGAAUUUGCCGGAUUAAAGGCAGAGGCUGAGAAACGUGGCCUCGGCUCCUGUGUUGAACUUAAAUUUUGUCGUCUCGAAAAGGGAAAAGAUGGCAGUAAGGCCUUUGCGAUAAAUACACAAGAGCAAUGGGACAAGGAGAGGCCGCUACUAUCAGGAAAUACAUCUUCAUUACAAGGUAGGAAUUUAUUUACUUCUUAUUAAACGACAUCAAGGACCGUUCUGAAAGAUACGGGCCGACUUUUCUAUAGGUUAAUAAGUAAUCAAGGUUAAAAGAAGAACAAGAGAAUACGGCGACUAUGUCAGGAUGACGAUGGUAGCACAAAGUUAACUUAGAAAUAUUUCAAGACAAGUAAAUUUUAAAUACUUCAGGUAAAAUACAGCUUCAAACACGGGCGAUGCUAUUUUACUUCAAGUUUAACUUCACGCAAUUAAUUAAGCUUGAUUGACAUGCUCCGCUUUCUUCAAAGCUCAAGAAACCGUAAGUUCGCUAUGUCGGUUGUAAGGAUGGUUUUCAAGUCACUUGAAACUUUUCGUGAAACGUUUCAAUUUUCCCGGCGACUUUAAUUACCUCAAUAAAAGGCAUUGUAAAGUAUUUAGGCCAUCUUGGUCUCCUGUAUAAAGCCUUUUCUGUUCAUAUGAAACUUCAGACUGUACCAAAACGUUCCCUACCAUAAGCAAUCGAGCUUCUGGAAGGACUUGACAGUUACUUGGAAACAACAACGGAAAAAGCGUUGUCGCAUAGCAACGAUGUAAACGAUGCCAGCACAGGUAAACCAAGGGGUUUUCAAGGAACUAUUUCUAAUCAGACAAAGCGUUCGGUUAACAUGAUAUUAAAUGGACUGAAAGAUCUGGAGGCGUUAGUUAAAGAACAUAACCCAAGCUUCGCCAUUGAUCUGUACUCUUGUCUAACAGUUCAGGUUGAAAACCUACACGCAGUUGGUCAUUUCAAGGACCAGUUUCCUACCCUUUUGCAGUACGCACGGAAUCUGGCAAAUACCGUAUACGAAAGCAUUAAGCGUGUAGUACCCUGGAGUGCCUACUACUUCACACAUGAUAAAUCAUAUUAUCCCGUGUUGCGCCAGAGCACUCCACUAAAUGCCAUUCCGAAGCUGGAGCAUCUUAAGGCAAGAAGGGAGUUAAAUAGGCAGGAAAAAGACCUCAUGAUUGAGUGGGCGACAAAUAAUGGGAGGGCUGCACGACAGAGAAGUGUGAGACAAGAGACCACCAUGUUCAAGGCCGGAACAUUGCCGUUAAACAUGUACAGAACAUCAGACUAUCCUAAAGAUAAAGUCUCAUUCAGCCCUAACACUGUCGAAGAGGAGACUGUUACUUCUGCUACGACCGUUACGACUGUUACGCCUUCUACAUCGCACGAGGCCAUUGAAGAUGUUCAAGUAGUAGAGGAAGCCGAGGUAGAAGAGGAGGAAGAGUAUGACACUGACUCAGACGCUGAAUAUCCUAUUGCUGACAAUUACGAGGUAGAUUCUUUCGACGAUUUGUUGUUUCUUCGGGCAGUUACAACGCGAAGUGGACGAAUGGUCAGAGUCGUCCAUCGAGAGUGAUUUAGGUAUGUGAUUUCCGAUAAGCAGCCUUUACUUAGCCUUUAACGAUUUUUCUUUCUUCAAACACUCUUUCUACCGUAAGAGAAGGUUAUUAAAACGAGUACCUUACUUGUUUAUUUUCGUGAUUCGGGAAAAUGAAAUUUUGAUAGCCGUGAUCCGUGAUUCGCUGUUUUUUCUGUUCGUGAACCGUGCGAGAGACCCCCCCUGUACGACCCUCAGUUAAGGAAUACCGACUAGCCAGUGAUUUUCUUAGUAAUUCUGGCUUUCUUUAUGAGGCUUUCUACAUAGAAGAAUAUGGGCGAGCAAGGACCCUUGCAGACUUAAUGGCAGCUCGUUACUCUGAAGAAAACGAAAUAUCAGUCACUCCACAA